AUGAUGAGCGGACGGCCGGGCCGAGUGCCCUUACAGUUUCUACCUGACGAGGCCCGAAACCUGCCGCCGCCCAAGCUGACAGACCCGCGGCUUCUCUACACAGGCUUCAUGGGCUACUGCGCCGGCCUGCUCGAUAACGCGUUGCGGCGGAGGCCAGUGCUGUCCACGGGUUUUCAUCGCCAGCUUCUAUAUGUUACUUCCUUUUUUUUUGUUGGAUAUUAUGUUUUGAAACGCCAGGAAUAUUUGUAUGCUGUGAGAGACCAUGAUAUGUUUGCGUAUAUAAAAUCACAUCCAGAAGAUUUCCCUGAAAAAGAUAAGAAAACUUAUUCAGAAAUUCUUGAACCAUUUCAUCCCGUACGUUGA